UUGAACCUAACAAAUCGUUAAACGUUAAUCAAUUAGAUUUCACCCCCUCUCGAGUUUCGACUCUCGCUGCUCCGUCAAAGUGUUAUCAAUCUGCCGCUACUUCUUUAUGCUCUCUCAAUACUUGUUGCACCACUACAUUCAUAUUCAUGGCGUCUGCCCUCUUCUCCAAAAUUGUCUUUAACACUCGUCAUCUUCAUUCUUCUUCCCUCUCUCUUUUCCUUAAACCUCAAUAUUCACCUCAAUUCUUCCAUACAAGGGCUUUUGGUCUAAGGUCCAACGGGCUACUAGGUUGCUAUAAUUCAGUACCGCGAACUCGUUGGUUUUCGUGUGUAGUAUCAUCGAUGAACUCUGGAGCAAAAUCUUAUUCUACACAGGCCAUGUCUACAAGUGAACCUGUGGUUUCAGUUGAAUGGCUUCAUGCUAAUCUCAGGCAACCUGACAUAAAGGUGGUGGAUGCAUCUUGGUACAUGCCCGAUGAGCAAAGGAACCCAAUUCAGGAGUAUCAGGUUGCACAUAUUCCUGGUGCCCUUUUCUUUGAUGUGGAUGGCAUUGCAGAUCAAACUACACAUCUACCACACAUGUUGCCUGCUGAAGAAGCUUUUGCCGCUGCUGUUUCAGCCCUUGGCAUAGAGAAUAAAGAUGGAGUUGUAGUCUACGAUGGAAAGGGCAUAUUUAGUGCAGCUCGUGUUUGGUGGAUGUUCAGAGUAUUUGGGCAUGAAAGAAUUUGGGUCUUGGAUGGAGGUCUGCCCAGAUGGCGUGCUUUAGGAUAUGAUGUUGAAUCCAGUGCUUCUGGUAAUGCUAUCUUAAAAGCUAGUGCUGCCAGUGAGGCCAUUGAAAAAGCAUAUCAUGGACAACAGGUUGGGCCAAUCACCUUUCAGACCAACUAUCAGCCUCAUCUUGUGUGGACACUUGACCAGGUGAGAAAUAAUAUUGAGGAAAAGACAUAUCAGCUUAUCGAUGCUCGAUCAAAGGCGAGGUUUGACGGAACUGUUCCUGAGCCACGAAAGGGAAUCAGAAGCGGUCAUGUGCCAGGAAGCAACUGUGUUCCUUUUCCCAAGAUGUUAGAUUCAUCAGGAACUCUAUUAUCUGGUGAUCAGCUGAAGGAAAAUUUUGAACAAGAAGGGAUUUCUUUGGAUCAGCCCAUUGUGACAUCUUGUGGUACAGGCGUAACUGCCUGUGUUCUUGCAUUGGGUUUGCAUCGACUUGGGAAAACUGAUGUAGCUGUUUAUGAUGGCUCGUGGACGGAGUGGGGUGGGAAUUCUGACACCCCUGUUGAGGCAGCGGCUUGAGUGUUUGGAUAACUCUCAGAAGUGUAUUUGAAGACUUGAUCAAUAGUCUAAUUGAUGAACUUUCCACCCAUUUCCCCUUGGUUCGUAGUACAGAAUUACUUUUUGUAACCUAAAAGACAUAAUGCAUACUUUAAGUUUGGUUAGUCUUGAGAGUUGGGUUAUUAUUUAAAAAUCUUUUCAACAAUCUGAUUGAUAAGAACUUUUUUUUUGGGUUGAGGCAAGAAGGCUUGUUUUUAUAUAUUUAUAUUGAAUUGAAAUCAUUUUUAAUA